GUAGGAAGAGAGCGAGGAGAGGCCGAAAGGGGGCGAGGAAAGGAGACGAGGACGCCCCUCCGCCUGUUUGGAUCGCAGCCUGCUCCGCUCCUUCCAAUCCGUUCACCUCCAUUCACAGUAAAUACAAGCAUGGAGGCUUGACUGUCGGGAUCUAACGUCGAGCAGCGGGGGGUAGAGACACUGCCGCAUGCGCCACGGGGAGCAGACGGGACGUAAUCAUCUGUUACUGGGUGAUUUUGGUGUUCGCUGGGAGCAUGAAGCGGAUGGCCGCGGUGGCCAGGCACAAUGGCCUCGUCUCUCCUUUGGGGAACAACAACUCCGGGGCUUCGAGCAUCGUCUCCCCUCCCACAGCCAGAGCCACCAGCGCCUCCGCCUGCUCCGACACUCCGGCCGCGGGGGGCCCGGACGGCCUGCUGGAUUUCUCUAAAGGCCCCGCCGUGAAAACCGAGCUGGUGUGCAGAUGGACCGAGCGAACUUCUUCGAAGCAGAGGCUCGGGCGGACGGCGACAUCCGUCUGCGAGCAAACUUUCAGCUCCAUGCCGGAGCUCGUGGACCACGUCACCAGCGAGCACGUAGCGGCGGGGCUGGAGAGCCUCAGUCAUGUCUGCAUGUGGGACGAGUGUCUGCGCGGCGGGAAGGCGUUCAAAGCCAAAUACAAACUCAUCAACCACAUCCGCGUGCACACCGGGGAGAAGCCCUUCUCGUGCGCGUUUCCCAACUGCGGCAAGAUGUUCGCGCGCUCCGAGAACCUCAAGAUCCACACGCGCACGCACACGGGGGAGAAGCCAUUUCAGUGUGAGUUCUGUGAACGGCGCUUUGCUAAUAGCAGCGACAGGAAGAAGCACUCGCAGGUCCACACGGCUUCGAAGCCCUACGACUGCAAGGCGCUGGGCUGCACCAAGUCCUAUACCCACCCCAGUUCCCUCCGCAAACACAUGAAGAUCCACGUCAAGUCGUCGCCUACCUCCGAUCACCAAGACUUGUACAGCUUUGGCCACCAUCAGCUCCAGCAACCUGUCCUGGAGCCUCUGGAUCUUAAAAUGAACCACUUCUCCUCCCCCCUUGCUAACGGAAGUGCUCCUUUUCCCCUGCUGGCCGCUCAUGAAUUAGAUCUGGGCUCUGGCAACCAAGUGAGUAGUAAAGUGUUCCUGCGGAGUUCCUCCCCAGUGGCAAUGCCCCUGGAUCUGUCUUUUUCUGGCCUUAAGAGUCAGCUAAGCCAGAAGCAGCAGAACUCCAGGACCCCGAGGCGGAGCCAGCGCUCGGUCAACCCGGCCUUAACUCAGCUUUCAAACAUUAAGGAGUGGUAUGUCUGUACAAGGACUACAGCGCCGCAUUACCCACUGCUUCAUCCUGACCACAUCAAAACAGAACGCAGGGACGAGGACGAGUAUGUGACGUAAGGUGGAAGAGCCGCUUCUCUGAGGCCGAGAACAGACAGUGGUUUCACUAGGGACUCACCUCUGGGCAUCGGUGACAGAUGGAGUGUCUCAAACGGAAAGCUCAUUUGAUUCUGAAACCAGUUUUAUUACCAGCUCAGUGGUUUUGUUCAAUCCAGUGUUCCCGAGGACGAUGAAGCUAGAACUAAACCAACAGGGUGUAUGAACUUUCUAAUCAGUCUAAGGGCUGACGUAAGGGAAGCGAAUGCAAGGGCUAAAGCAACGGCAGUGUAAAGGGCAAACGGGAGGCUCAGCAGAUCCAAACAGGGGGCGGGCUUCACUGGUUUCUAAACAAUCAUCAUCUGAUCCUGCUGCCAGCGGGGCAGAAGAUGGAGCACUUUGUUGGAAUUUAGCUGAGGCCUUUAUUUAGAAAGAAAGAGCAGAAACCGGGUCAAGGUGUUAACUGUGAUGGUGCCUGAUUCUGAAGAACCUCAUUAUGGGGUUUGUCUGGACUUUAAGUAGGUUCAUCCUUUGAGUGGUGAAAGAAAGCCAACAGCCUCACCAGCCAAUGUGGCAAUCGGCCUAGUAGGGGUUCAUUGGGAUAGUUUAUAAACACGAGUCCCGGAAAACGAUGGGCCAUCUCUGAUCAAGUCCAGGACAUGGUAGGGCUAAAACAGACUGGUGGGCGACAGAGAAUCAGAAGGUUUGUUUCAGCUGACAGCGACGGUAAAACGCUUAGAAACGGCGACGCUGUUUGGCCUGACAUAACCCCACUAAACGUUUUAUAGUCUGUUAGGAUCCACUGACCUCAUGUUCUGUGUGUUUCCAAUAAUAACACAAUUUUUAAACAUUUUCCACAC